GUUUAUAUUUAAUAUUUAUUUUUGGAUGAUAUUUUCUGGGAUAGUGUUCCGCUUCUUCACCUUGUCUCCAAGUCCUUGUUUCAUUACGAAAUAAUCAAAAGAUUCCUCUUUCUCAUUUUUUCGCCUGUGAUUCAUUCUCCUAUCACACUACUGUCUAAGUUCUGAAGGUACUAUAAAAACAAAUUUUUUUCUCACACGGUUGUUUUGUGUCCCAUACUAGUAGUGUACCACGUUAACGAUCAAGUACAACGUUGGUGUUCUGGAUCACAGGCAGACCACUUAACUGCCAUUAACUUGAGGGUUCAGCUGCAACUUUGCAAAGAGGUACAGCUUAGUUUUCUCUCCCUGAGUUGGGGUCAAAGGGUGUCAAUUCAGGUGCCAAAUUGCUCUUUAGGCUAAAGGGUCUUUCCCUAAUCUGUGUGAGGAAGAUAUUUCAGAACAAAUGGUUGCUUUGAUGCUUGGUUAAUGCUUCUGGGUAUUGUUCAUUAUCUGGGAACGGCCAAGGGUACUUACUACCUGUUCUUGGUGUUUCAAUUUGCACAGCUCCUUCAUGUCUACUUAUGUGUUGACUGCAAAUGGAUUUUAGUUAUGCUUAGCUUCCCUCACUGUGAAAGCUCUGAUAUUGUGUUAUUGUUGCAUUGAGCACUUCUCUGAAGGCUGCAAAAAUAGCUGACUUUGGUUGUAGGAUCUUCUCCUAUUAACUUAGAUUUGAAAAUAUGAUCAAACAAAUACUAGGUAGGCUUCCUCGGAAGCCUUCUAAGUCGGCUGAUAAUCGUGAAUUUGGGGCUUCAUCAACCCCAUCCCUCAAUACAACUGGUACAAGAGCAGCUGAUGUAGUCACAGGUGAUCCGGUGAUCUCAAACAGCACAUCUAAUCAUGGCCCUGAUGUUGCUUCCAUCUCAGCUUACGGCCAAGGGAGUAGUGUUCCCGCAGUGGUGAACUCAAAAGAGAAUGGUAAUGUUAAUGCAAUGGCUACUCUGUAUGAAGCAUUGCCAAGUUUUAGGGAUGUUCCCAACUCGGAGAAGCAAAACUUAUUUAUCAGAAAACUGAAUUUGUGUUGUGGAGUGUUUGACUUCACUGACUCAACCAAGAAUAUGAAGGAAAAAGAAAUCAAAAGACAGACAUUGCUUGAGCUGGUGGAAUAUGUUACUGCUGUAAAUGGGAAAUUUACUGAAACUGUUAUGCAAGAAGCUAUCCAGAUGGUAUCUGCAAACUUAUUCAGGUCACUUAAUCCACAGCCUCGUGAUAAUAAGGUUCUGGAAGCCUUUGAUCUGGAGGAUGAGGAACCACUAGUGGACCCUGCAUGGUCUCACUUGCAAAUUGUGUAUGAAUUUCUUCUUAGGUUUGUUGCAUCUCCUGAAACUGAUACAAAGUUAGCAAAGAGAUAUAUUGACCACUCUUUUAUUCUCAGAUUGUUAGAUCUUUUUGAUUCUGAUGAUCCAAGGGAGAGGGAAUAUCUGAAAACUAUCCUACAUCGGAUUUAUGGGAAGUUUAUGGUACAUCGCCCAUUUAUUAGGAAAUAUAUUAAUAAUAUAUUCUUCUGCUUUAUUUUUGAAACAGAAAAAUUUAAUGGGAUUGCUGAGCUUCUUGAGGUACUGGGAAGUAUAAUUAAUGGGUUUGCUUUGCCAUUGAAAGAAGAGCAUAAACUGUUUCUUGCUCAUGCUUUAAUCCCUCUUCAUAAACCAAAAUGCUUAGCUAUGUACCAUCAGCAGUUGUCAUACUGCAUUACACAGUUUGUGGAAAAAGACUGCAAGCUUGCAGAUACUGUAAUAAGGGGUUUGCUGAAAUACUGGCCCAUCACUAAUAGUUCAAAGGAAGUCAUGUUCCUCACUGAGCUAGAGGAAAUUCUAGAAGCUACUCAGCCAGUAGAAUUCCAAAGAUGUAUGGUGCCUCUAUUCUAUCGAAUUGCUCAUUGCUUGAACAGCUCACACUUUCAGGUGGCAGAGAGGGCUCUUUACUUGUGGAACAACGAUCAUAUCGAGAGUUUAAUCAGACAAAACCGCAAAGUAAUACUUCCUAUUAUCUUCCCUGCAUUGGAGAAAAGUGGCCGUGCCCACUGGAAUCAGGUAGUCCAGAAUUUGGCACGUAAUGUUCAUAAAAUCUUCUCUGAUGUUGACCCCGAGUUAUUUGAGGAGUGCUUGCAUAAGUUCCAGGAGGAUGAAGUGAAAUUAGAAGAGGGAAAACCAAAACAUGAAGCCACAUGGAAGACCAUAGAAGAGAUUGCUGCGUCAAAUGCUGCAAGAAAUGAGGCAAUCGUUGUCUCCACCACUGCGGCUGCCCAAACAGCCUCUUGUUAAUUUCACAGUUUCUUGUUCUUGGACUUCAUUUUUUAUUGCCGAUGGUUCAUGUGAUUCAGGAGGUUAAAUUCUUUUCCGUCGAUGUCAAUUUUCUUGCUGUUCAUGCUUGUAUUGGGAUUCUCUCUUUUGGCAAAAUGAUCCUUUAACUUCUUUCAAGUGAUGCAGGUUGUUUCUAAAAUUUAAAAAAGAUGCCGUGACUGGGUAAACUGCUGAGCUGAUGGCCAAUGUAAGGUGAAGUAUGCAAUGGAGGGUUCCUAGCUGUUUUGACCAUCUCAUUCUUGACGUUGAGCUGUUGUUCUGAGGUAUUUGUACAUGCUCAGACAUCCUUUUCUCUCAAUAUCUGCAUUAUUCAAUCUGAUUAUGUGUAUGUAUUACAACACAUUAUUCAUUCAUCACUGUAGAAUGUGUUUUUAUGUAAUUUGCUGAACAUAUGGAUAUGUUGUGAAAAGAAGGGAUGUCAGCAAGGUCAAAAUAUUCUCUCUGUAUUAAUUCAAUUAUUACUUGUUAUUAUGAUAGUUGAAAGUGUGAGUUUCCCUAGAUGAUAGGACAUUUGUUGAAAAGAAAUGUCAAGUUAUAUUGUGGUUAAAUCAGAAUAUUUUCUAUGCCUAACUAGAUAUUUUAACAACAUUGUGAUUUUCUAUUCUGACCCU